AAAACAUUCCAGUUGUUGAGGAAUGUAAUGCAUUGCCUGCAGUAGUUCUUACCUUAUCUUUUUGUCUUUGGUAGGCUGGUUACUUUGUGUGGGCAGAGACCUCUUCACGGUCAGUCGGAGAGAGGAGUCUGACCACCGUGCUCUCUCUGGAGAUAUGUGAGUUUUGGAUUUUCCCACAACCAAGGUCAGAAUGCUGCCCCUCCGUCAUGCUCUGGCCGUAGCUGUUGUCCAGAUCUUUAUCUUGUCAGAAAACUGGGCAUUGGCCAAGAAUAUCAACUUCUACAACGUGAGGCCUCCUCUGGACCCUACGCCAUUUCCAAACAGCUUCAAGUGUUUUACCUGUGAAAAUGCAGGAGAUAAUUAUAACUGCAAUCGAUGGGCAGAAGACAAAUGGUGUCCACAAAAUACACAGUACUGUCUGACAGUUCACCACUUUACCAGUCAUGGAAGAAGUACAUCCAUUACCAAAAAAUGUGCCUCCAGAAGUGAAUGUCAUUUUGUUGGCUGCCACCACAGCCGAGAUUCUGAACAUACAGAGUGUAGGUCUUGCUGUGAAGGUAUGAUCUGUAAUGUAGAGUUACCCACCAACCACACGAAUGCGGUCUUCGCCGUGAUGCACGCGCAGAGAACAUCUGGCAGUGGUGCCCCCACACUCUGCCUACCAGUGCUUGCCUGGGUCUUCGUGCUGCUGCUGAUAUGAGGCCACUGUUCCUAGGAGAGGCAGAAACUGCCCCAUGAAGCACCGGCCACGAACUGUGUGAACACAACAUUUGAGCGAAGACCAGUCUCGCACUUGGAGAGUGCACCUUGGACCCCAAAGCAGAAGCCAGUUGUUUGCUGAGCUAAAACACUCCUGCAUCAGGCCACAGGAUUGAGGGAAGGGGACAUGGCAGGAACUGAGGGGAUCGCCACAGGCUUCCUGGCCAGAGGGGCUGCAUUUUGUCACUUCCGCAGGGAGGAGCCUGCCCAGCCUCUGCAACGGGUGUGUGGCGGUAAGCCUGUGGUGUUUCUGCCUGCCCAGGCCGUUAGCUGAAGGGACACGUCGACCUCAAGACUCUUUCGGAAGCUGCUGGGUCAGACCCUCACGUUUCUGUGUGUGAUUAGCUCAGUGUCUCUAUGAAAUCUUACCCUUCCCCUGUGAGAAAGCAAUUUCCCCACCAAUGACAUAGUCAAUGAGAAAGGCCACUAGCUAUAGGAAGAAAACUUCCAGUUGAA